AUGCAAAACGAUAACGAUAUGUUAGAACGUCCUUCAGAUUCUGAUGAAAGUUGUAGUCAAAGUGACAAUACCGAUAAUGAUGAUAACGAUGAUGAUGAAAAAGAAAACGAUCUUUUUACUUCUUCAAAUAAUACUCAAUCACAGUUUUUAACUCGACAAUUAACAUUGUAUGAAAAUGAUUGGCCAAAAAAGACUUCGAUUGAUGAAAAUAAAUUUAAGAAGACAAUAUAUCGAGGUGAAGGAACAUUAUUAGAAACACAACAAGAUAAUACAUUAUUUUUAGAUUCUAAUCAACAUCGAUUGUUUUCACCCGAACGAAGCAAAUUAGUUGCUAGCAUUGAUACAAAGUACCAAUCGCGCAAUAUUCAUACAUCAUUAUCAAGUGAUUUUAAAAUGAGUACACACGAACUUCAACCUAAGUUGGAAUCAGAUACUAUGCAGACAACAUCAACAUUAUUUCAAACUAAAAUAUCUCCAAAACGUACAUUAAUAAAAAAUGAAGGUAAACGACAAACACUUUCAAAAAUUCCUAUUCGAACUAAUUCAUCAUCGCAAUCAAGAUCACGUAGUCCACCAAUAACAACAACAAAUAGAUAUAUUCCAUCACCAACAAUUUCAUCUAAAAUACCUGUCCCAACAUCAACAGUCAGCAAAGGUGCAUUUCGUUUUUUUACUUCUAAUGAUCGUUCAUCAUCAUCAUCAAUAUCACAAUUACCACCAACAAUAGAUUCUGCACAAAAUUCAAAUCAAACUAUUAAAAAAAUUUCUCCAUUUACACCAAUCAAUCAUACAAAAACAUUUUUAUCAUCAAAAAAGUUUUCUUCGUCAGCUGGUAAUACACCACCAACAAAGCAUCGACAUAUACAACUACCAAGUAGUGAUGAUGAUUCGGAAACAAGUCAUCUUGAAGAAGCUGAUCUUAAAGUAAAAUUAAAAGAACAAAAACGACAUGGAAAACAAACGGGAGAAUUAUUAAAUAAAUUACAUGAAAAUUAUGAACAAUUAUUAGAAAAAUAUGCUCAAGCAGAAAAUACAAUUGAUCAGUUACGUUUUCAACCGAAACUAUAUGGUGAUAAUACACCACCAGUAAAUGCAUCUGAAGGUACAGUACAUUUUAUCCAACAACCGAAGGUUCAUAUAGCAACAUUACGAUCAAAUGGAGUGUAUCAUUCAACAAAUGGUACACCACUUUCAUCGAUAAGACAAGUAUCUUCAACAACAUCAAACACCACUACAGCAACAACAACAGCUGUAAAAAGUUCAUCACCAGCUAAUUCAGGUACAGUAGAAUCAGUAUUUUUCGAUGAACCUGUUCCACAAAAAAUUAUUGUACAAGAAUUAACAACACCAGAAACUAUUAAACUUGAUUUACUUAUUCAGACAAAAACAUUAAUUGAAAAAAUGAAAUCAUUUCUUACAUUAAUGGAUGCUAAUCAAUUGAGUUUAGCUGAACAAAAACAAGUUUAUGAAAAUAUUAAAGAGGAUUAUGAAAAGUUAUUAAAAACAUUUGAUCAAACAAAACAUAGUAGUGAUCUUACUGAUAUUGAUUUUGAUGCAGAUUUAAAUAAAGAAUUAGAAACAAUGAAACAAUUAUUAAAAGAAAUCGUUAAACGAAUAACAGAUAAUUUACUUGGUAAAUCAAGUAAUGCUUCCGAAACUGGUCAUUUAACACGAGAAGAAAGUCAUUCGAGUCAAUUAUCUACUCAAUCUUCUCUAUGCAAUCAGGCUGAUCUUAUGGAUCAAUAUAAAAAAAUCUUAAAUGCUGUUAAUACAGAUGUUGUAGAGAAAAAAACUGACAUUAAAUCUUUACAUACAGGAUCAGGACAAAUGAAAAAAACCACUUCUAGAGAUUCAUCUCAAUCAGAUAUUUCUAAUCGUCUACCAUCAACAACGAAAAAUCACAAACCAUAUGUUUAUGUAUCCGGAAAUUCCGAUGAUGAACAACAACAAAUUAGUGACACUACACCAGUUCCAUUAAUGAAAGGCGUUGAAUCAACUUUAUUCAGUGUCGAUCAUAUUCCAUCAAGAUCAAAUAAACAUCAUCAACAAAUCAAUGAAGAACAAACACAUAUACGUGGCAUCACAACAACAACAACAACAACAACAACAAAGAAAAGAAAAUCUCCUAGUAAACAAACAAUUCAAGAAUAUGAUAAUCUUGAAAAUAUAAAUAAAACAAAACGAAAACUUAAAACUGAACAAAAAAAAAUUAAAAAUAAUUAUCAAUCUGAAAAAGAAUUAACUCCAUCAUCAUUUUCUAUGCCAACAGGUGUUGCUCGAUGUUCUGCUAGUUCAAUGCGUACACGUACAAGCGAUUAUGAUAGUGGAAUUGGUACAAAUAAUACUACUAAAUUAAGUCGUGAUAGUAAAUUAAACGCAAGUACAAUAGAUGAAAGUCAUUACCAAUCACUCGAUGAAGAAAGACGACGAUAUUCCGAUGAAGAACAAGAAUCGAUUUCAAAUAUAUCUUCAUCACGUUCGAGUGGUUCAGGCGCCGCAAGUCCCGGAAGUCCUUAUACCAAAUAUACAAAAAGAUUCGAUCGUUCAUUGUCACUGAAACAACUUAAUGAGAAUCGUCGUCGAAAACCUAGUGGUCUUUCAGAUGGUUAUCCAUCGGAUAUUGAAACACAUAUAACUGGUUCAUUUGAUACAUUUCCACAAUCAACAUCAAGUAAAAAAAAAUCUCAUUAUAAUUGGCAACCACAACGAACUACUACUCAUCGUUCACGUUUAACAUCAUUUCAUCGAAGUUUAUCAACUGAUAGUAUUGACAUAGAAAAUUAUAAAACUAGAUCACAUCGGCCACAAACUGCACCACAAUUACCAUCAAAAACACUAAAAUAUUAUAAAAUGAGUAGAAAAUAUCAAAGUGGAUUUAUCCAUCAACCUGCUAGACUAUCGAAACAAUCUGAAACAAUGUAUAAAAGUUCAUGUUAUAUUGAUCAAGCACAUACACAUCGAAAAUCACAAGAAAAACUUAAUCAAAAUCCAAGACAAUAUCACAAAUCAAUACAAACAUUGAAUAAACAACAAACUAAUAAUCUUUAUUUAGAUCCUCAAACAGGCAUUAUAUAUCGAUAUAUUCAAGAUAAAAGUAAACCUUCAACAAAAACUCAUUAUCAACCAACAUCUCAGACGAAAUCAUCUCAAGAAUUAUAUCGAUGUGUGGAAUGUGGUAGUAUUACGACAUAUUAUCAUCGUCAUCAUAUCAAUUCAACUACCAGACGAGUAACAACUGAUCUAGAUGAUCCAGGUUAUGAAAGUGGAAAUCGUAAAGUCAAUCGAUAUCGUCGAUAUAUUGAUCAUUUAACAUCUUCCGAAAGUGAUUCAGAUGAUAAUCCAACUUAUUGUGAUAUGUCUGCAUUAAAUGAAGCUUAUGAACGAGCAAAAAAAGUACAAGAACAUUCACAAAAUUUAUCUAAAUAUAUUAGUCGACAAUUGAAACUUGUUUUAGCUACUAUUUAA